GAUGUUGUGGCUUCUUGGCUGACCCAGAGGGCGUUCAACAUGGAAGUUCUUAAAAAAGAUUCUUGGCCAGAUUCAGCUAUUGAGCUUUUAGAAGUUCUUCCUAAUGUUUGUGAUCUUAUGGCUGGUCAGUCUGUGACAGGAAUAACCACUGUAUCUGUUGAAAUAUCUCUUCAUUUGUGGCAGAGGAUUGCAGCAACAAGUGGUUCUUCUUUGGCAACUCUUCUGGAGCUGCUUUCGAACCUGAAAGAAUUGAUGGAUCUGAAAAAGAAUUAUGGAUGUCAUCUCUCACUAUCAGAAUUUUGUCAGGAAGACAAAGUUGCCGUAGUGUUUCUUAUUCUGGACUGGGUGAGAGACGUCAACGUGAUGAGAAGGCUUCUUGAGCACUUUCUGUGUAACUAUAUGAAGAGGAAUGAGUUAGAUGAAGGAAACACAUUACUGAGUUAUAUACAGGAAGUGUUAGACACCUCACCCCACACUUGGUGGUACUGGGAAGAAGCUCCGUGGGAAGAAAAGGUUCUUGCUGUUAUUAACUGCAUGCAGCAGUAUCCUGACCAAAGAAUGACAGCUAUUGUGGCAACCAUUUCUCAAGCUCCUCUACCUUGGAAUACUGCUGUUCAGAAAUUAGUAGAUCAAGAACUCUCCACCGACCAUCCACGAAAAUAUGAACUGGAAAUUCAAGUGAGAUCCAUUGGAUUAAAACUGGUAUUGAAAAAGUAUGAGCAGAGAAAUUUUAAUAUAAACAAUACAGGAGCAGCUGAGGUGUUGGUCCAGUACAUUUUGUCUCAAGACAGAGAUACGGCUCUAGAAGAUGCUUUACAAGUUGUGAAAGCUUAUGACCACAUUUCUGACAUUGACUGUUAUUUGUUCUAUAUGAGAUUUCUGCUUCAGAGGGAGCGACUAGAUGAUUUCAUGGAAUUAACAAGUCUACUCCAACCCACCAAGUUGGAAAUGUGUUGUGAAAGAUUUGUAUCGUUUGUUGAAAUGCUGCUUGAGGAGCCUGACUUAUGGAGAGAUGAACAAUAUUCCAGAUAUCUUAAAGUGAUGACAACUGGCUCUGUGUACAUAUUGAAGAGAGUUUUGGAGCACCAAGUGAAAUGGAAGGAAACAUUGCAAGAUUUUGAAACUUGUUUACAUCUACAGGUGGAGUUUGGAACAGUUUGCUCACCAUACACUCUUCUAGACAAAAAGUGGUGCUGGAAUUUUGUGGUGGAGAAGGUGACAUCAUUUCUUGAAGGAGAACCUCUUACGUCCAUAACACCUGUGAUUGGAGAAAAGAAGAAACAGAAAGUCAACACGUCAUAUAGUCAUUUUUAUAGACUAGGAGAAAUUCUUGGCUUCAGGAGGGAGUUGGUUAUGGGAUUGUUUGCACAGAAGAUGGCUAAAAAGGGAAAUUUUGAACUUGCCGUCACUUUUUGUAGGGAACUUGUAGCUGUAUAUCCAAGUGCCACAAGUGCUGAGAUCCUGUUAUCUGUCUGUGAACACUUCUGCGAAAAUCUUAACGAUUUUGAUCAAACCACUGAACAGUCUGCUUAUCUUUUCCACAGUCUCCAUGAUUUAAUGAUGCACACAGUCUCCUUCUGUACACCAGCUUUGCUCCCAAGAUGUAUUGGUCUGAGUCAGUGGACAUCCCUUCUUGCUGGAUUAGCAGACUUGGCAACGUCCAGUCUGACUCACUCAAAGAUUAACCCGGUGAGACUUGAUCACUACACUCUGUGGAGGUUUUCACCGUUUUACAGGGACCAAGGUUUGAAGAUACAGAUGGAACACGUGGUCCCUGUUAUAACAGAGUACAUUAAUAUAUGCCUGAACAACCAUGAUUCAAAGUUGCCAGAGCAAAAUGUAUGUUCUUUGAAUCAUCUUGUAAAGUAUUUACGAGAAAAGGGUCAAGAACAAGGAACUCUUAGGCUUCUCGUGACAACAUGCCAAAAUGACCUGUUAUUGAGGAACAAAGCAGAUGGGGACAACAAAGUCUACACCUCUGCAGUUCAACAAAUGAAGCUCAUUGUGCGAGACAUCACCCUCAGUUUAAUAUCAAGGAUUUGCAGCCAGAAGAGAGUGGAUAGUCUCUUAAGUUUAGGGCUGAUUUCUUCAGUAAACAAGAAAGAGGCUUUAGGAAUUUUGAAGGAUCUUGUACGUCUUUGUGGAACAGAUUUCCGGAGACUUUCUGCUGUGUCGUUGGUAGGUUGGGAGUAUAGUAAACUCUCUUCCUUACCAGAAGCUGUUCUGGAAUUCAGUAACUUGAACACAAGAUCCACUUGGGGUGCACGACUAGCCAAACUUGGAAUAUCUUUUAAAGAUGCAUUUUCUACCUCGAGUCAACAGGAAUGUUAUCGAUUGUUAGUGGACUUGGUAGAAAACCACCAAGUGGAUAUUACACUGAUUCAGGAGUAUUGUGGAGCUUUUCAUCUUGAAGUUGACGAAGCUCUCCUGACAUACUUGAAAGCUUUGCUUCUCGGUACUGAGAUUCAACAGUGGCUGUACAACCCUGGUUGGAGCUUGAAGGAGCUGGAAAAAGUGAAUACUGCUCUUUCCAAAGCUGAGAAUGUCAUUGCUAUCGUCAAUAACCCUGAGCUGUUGCUCAACACACUCAAAACCAUUUGUGAGAAAGUUGAUCCUUAUUGCUAUGAGGUGCUGCAUUUUGUACAUAAAUAUAUUCUUCAGAUAGAAGCAAAGGUUCCCAGUUCUUGUGCUAAUUGGGCUGAAAAGGGCCUAGAGCUUCUGAAGUUCCUUGAAAUCUAUAAACGAAGAAGUCCACCAUCAGAGUGUGAAAUUGACAACUGGUUAAGCAGUCAUCCUGAGCAAGAUGAACUUCCAGAGAUAUCCAAAUACCGACUUCCUUUCCAGCCACUACUUACUGGAGAUACCUGGAAAAUAAUUGGUGCGGAGCUUUCUGAAAAAACUGUGUACAUUUGGUUAUCUGUAGCUACUCUCCUGAAUUUAUCUCCAGAUCAACUUCGUGUUGUCGCAGUACAAAAUGUGGUCAUUCACUUGCUUUCAAGUACAACCCAAAGAUAUGCUUCCUGGGAUCAGGAGUGUUUACAAAACAAUGUGUUAGAGUUUCUUAAACAGGUUUUCUCUGAAAUUUCCAACCCCGAAAUGGCGACAGCAUGCGGAAGUUGGGUUGUUAAACGAUUACCUCCUG